UUCUCCGCACAAAGCUGAACUCGCACGAGCACGAGCGAGAAUCGAGAAACGAGAAACGGGAUCCGUCAUCCGUCCAGGGUGCGGCGAUUUAAAACCGCGUCCCGCAUCAUGGCGAUGCGCGGUCGGCGGUCGCGGCGGGCGCCCCUUCCCGUUUUUUCAGUAUAUUUUUAGCAAUAUCGCGUAUAAAUACUCCGUCGCGAAGAUACGUUAUUUCAAUGUAACGCCGAUGAGCAGCGACUGGAUUGAAAAUGAGCAAGGGCUGCUGGAAAUUCGACGAAGAGGAUAAAGCCGUGUAUAUAGAUCUGGACGAGGAGGACACGGAAGAGGAUAAGCUGUGCAAGGAGUACAGCUCCUGGGAUCAGAUACCUGAUAUCCUACUGGAGGAGAUAUUCUCGUAUCUGAGCAUUCGCGAGCGUUACUAUGCGUCCCUGGUGUGCCGCGCGUGGUAUCGCGCCUUCAAGCUGCAGAACGUAUGGUCAACGUUUACCCUGGAGGACACCACUCUCACGCGGGGCAAGUUCAACUACUACAGCGGCUGGCAGUACGUCCUGGAUCACAUAAGAACGUCCACCUGCUUGAACAAAGUCGGGAGGAACUUCCGCACGCUCGUAUUCGAGCCCAUGCUGAAUUUCUACAAUCUUUACGAAUUCAUGAACAUGAUAUCCUGGUACGCCGAACGGCAGGGCUCGGACAACACGUCCGUUGCCGGCGUGGGUACCUAUAUUCGCAGGCUCAAGUUUACCUUUCCCUGCAACAUGGCGAACAGGGAUGAUCCCGAUCGAAUCAGAGUUUUCGGCACGGGUGGGAAACUGCUCGAAGCUCUCAAGAGGCUCAUGAGAAACCUACAGAAUCUUAAAUGCCUGGAGCUGAUAGAUCUAAUGCUCGAGAGCAACGAGGCGUUACACUUGAUGGACGAUAUCUGUAUUAACUGUACUCAGACCUUGUCGAAAUUGAUAUUGAUAAACACCACACGUUACUAUUGUCCGUUAUUACACGUAGGAGUAUUCGUUAACUUAAACGUUUUAGUUAUUAGUCCCCAAAAUUUGCACGAGGAUGUAAUAGAGCUGAUAGGUUACACAAAAUUAAGGCACCUUCAUAUCCUGCAAAAUCGAUAUAGUCCGAAAGACACUACCAUAAGAUUGCCAAAAAGAUCGUCUUGGAUCAAGAUGAAAGCAAACAAUCCCUAUUUAAAAGUACACUUUGAGAUAGAGAGUUAUAAAGCCACGGAUAUCCUUUUGCCUAUCGAUUUAUUGGAACACAGUGUCAUACCAUGUCAUAGUAUAGUAUUGGAUAAUCCAAAUACUCAAGUUUCGCCGUCCAUGGUGUUCCACGGAACGUUCUUCGAGUCGACGAUACGGGUGUACGCUUUCAAGGGAGUAACGAGAUACUAUCUGCACAGGAGCUUCGCUAAGAGAUUGGACGAGCCGUUAGUGCAGUUCUGCCGAAUGUGCCCGAAUCUGCAUACACUGAUGAUCCGAGAUAAAAUAUCGACCGCUACGAUUUUAGAGAUUGUCUCUACCGCGAAAUGCUUACGCUGUUUGUACGUUCGGCGAAACGUAGUCCUGAAGAGAUUUGAUAGAGCCUGGUCGGAAACUCUGGAUAGAUCAUCCGAGUAUUAUCGAUGGAUCAAGGUAAAUAGCCGUAGUUACGAGAACACGGAAAGGGAAGUGUCCAGAAUAUUGGGCUAUCGAUGGCAUAUGCUGUCUGAGAAAGAAUUUAAGGCGCAAAUACUCACGUUGCACAUAUAAGCCGCUUAUGAAGCGAUUUUAUGUGUUACGGUAAAAACAAAAUCAGUACGUGUAUACAUUUACUAGUCACGUUACAUAUUAAAUCAAUAACAAUACUGAAACAUACAUUGAUAUUUUUACUGACAAAUGUAUGUACGUGCUAUUCUAAUCUAAUAUAGCAAAAAUAUACACGUCGUAGUACCAUUUUACGUUGGCCAUGAAUAAAAACCAUAUUUCAUUAAAUAACUGAAACUUGGAGUAAGUAUAUUUACUAAUGAGUAUACACGUAGUAAAAAUUGUUUUUACCGUAACAUGUGCAAAUGAGACGUUGCCUAUAUUUUUUAGUUCUGAAAUCUUUUUAUAUAAUCAUAUAUUAAUUUAUUAUAUUUAUAUAUAAUGAAAUGAGGCUGUAGAUUGGUUGCCAUGACUGUACGCUUAAUAUUAGUGCCAUUAGUGGUAAAUCCUGUAAUUACAUGCAACUGUUAUUUUUAUGUACCACUGUGUUAUAAUCGUGAUUGUAAAAAUUGUUAUCGCGGAUAUAUCGAAAGAGAUUGAAAUGUACUUAAUUAAAAAGGUAUCAUUAUAUGAUUUUGUGAUUGUUGUACAUGACUGUGAUCGACAUUGUUAACCGCCGAAGAUAAAGGGAUUUGUUAGACAUUUGUUGGACUGUUCUCUAAAGAGAAAGAUAUAAUAAUAAAACGGGUAAUUUUCUGAUGACGUUUAUCUUUAUAUAAUCUACGUUCUAGUUUAAUACGUCAUUACACAACUUACAUAUACGUAUGUACAAUGCUAAUAAAUAUUUCGUACAUCUU